CUGGAAGAUGAGCUGACCAAUCAGAUGUCCGCAGCCGCCGCAGGCAUUGCCGCCGCAGCCAAGCGAUUGGAAGAAUUGCUAGAGAAGGCGAAGCGAGAGAGUGAGGGACUUGCACUUAAUGUCAGCGAAAGCAUCCUGGCAGGCUCACAGGCACUCAUGGAGUGCAUCCGG